GUGGUUGUUUCACCCUUCCUGCCCAAAGCCUUUACCUUGAUCGAUCAAGAUGAGUGUUGCACAAGCCAAGGGAGCUAAAAAGACUGUCCAAAAGGGCAUUCACAACAAGUUGGUUCGUAAGGUCCGUACCUCUGCUUCCUUCCACCGCCCCAACACUCUUCGUCUUGCUCGUAAGCCCAAGUAUGCCCGCAAGAGUGUGAACCAUGCCACUCGUUUGGAUGAGUUCAAGAUCAUUGUCAGUCCCGUCAACACCGAGUCUGCCAUGAAGAAGAUUGAGGACGACAACACCCUUGUCUUCACUACCCACUUGAAGGCCAACAAGCACACCAUCAAGGCUGCUGUCAAGAAGUUGUACGACGUUGAGGCUGUCAAGGUGAACACCCUCAUCCGUCCCAACGGUACCAAGAAGGCUUAUGUCAAGCUCUCUGCUGACGCCGAUGCCCUCGACGUUGCCAACAGAAUUGGUUUCCUUUAAACGAUUUAGUUCGGAUACUUAAUGAAGGUGACUGUCGGUAAAUAUGAGUGGUUUUGGU